GGGGCCAACUCCUCAUGGAAGAUCGUCCCCAUAAGCCUCAUAGGGCUGCUCAUUCCGGUGCAAAGGCAGAGAAGAAAGCAAAAGGAAAAGGAAAAGAAAAACAACACGGUUUCAAUGAAAAAGCCUUUGCACCAAAAUCAGGUCGACGAGCAGAACGUCAAGGACGACGAAACGUAGAACGCGAUCAAACUCGUCUACACGUUCCUCUUGUCAACAGAACCCCAGAAGACGAUCCCCCACCCGUCAUCGUCGCCAUUGUUGGUCCACCGGGUGUUGGCAAAACUACUUUAUUGAAGAGUCUCGUCAGACGUUACACAAAACAAACCCUCAAUGAACCCAAGGGUCCUAUAACCGUCGUCACUGGCAAGAAACGACGGUUGACUUUUAUCGAAUGCAACAACGAUAUCAAUAGCAUGAUCGACAUUGGGAAAAUUGCUGACCUCGUUCUCCUCAUGAUAGACGGUUCUUUUGGUUUUGAAAUGGAAACCUUUGAAUUCCUCAACAUCCUCCAAUCUCACGGUUUCCCAAAAGUAAUCGGUAUCCUCACCCACCUCGACCUCAUCAAAAAAUCCGCCACCCUUCGCGCUACUAAAAAACAACUCAAAAAGCGUUUCUGGACCGAAAUCUAUCAAGGUGCAAAACUCUUCUACCUCUCCGGAGUCCUCAAUAGCCGCUACCCCGACACUGAAAUUCUCAACCUUUCCCGUUUCAUCAGCGUCAUGAAAUUCCGUCCCCUCGUCUUCCGCAACUCCCACCCUUACCUCCUCGCCGACCGUCUCGAAGACCUAACCCCCCGCGAAUCAAUACGCACCAGUAAAGGCAAAUGCGACCGUUCCGUGACCCUAUACGGCUACGUCCGUGGAACCAAUCUGCGUACUGGUACCAAGGUUCACAUUCCUGGUGUGGGCGAUCUCGAGAUGAAGAGCGUCGCGAAACUUGGAGAUCCAUGUCCGUUACCUGACGCUGAUUCGGAGAAACGGAGAAGGUUGAGUGAGAAGAAGAAACUUCUUGUUCAUGCUCCUAUGAGCGAUGUUGGUGGUGUCAUGUAUGACAAGGACGCUGUUUACAUCAAUGUUCCUGGAAACUUCACGCGAGGAAACACGGAUGUUCCUCAAGGUGAAGGCGAACAAAUGGUAAUGGAUCUGCAAGACGCAGGAAUAACAUUAGAGGAUGCGGUUGCACAAAGCCAAAUUCGUUUAUUCGGCUCAUCUUCCAAGAAUCUCGGGACAGAAUUUCACCAACUGGAUGAGGAUGAGGAUGAGGAUGAGGAUGAGAGCGAGGAAAGUAGCGACGUUUCAGAUGAGUCUGAGAGUGAAGACGACCAUGAACUCGACAUGGAUGUUCUUCGUGCCGACCCACGAAAUACAGGCAGGUCGAAGCCUCGAGAUGUAGCUCGUUCGAUGCCUUCGUCCAGUAAAGGCCAACGGACUGAAGUCGACUUUGCCGAUAGUGACUCUGAUUUGGGCUUAGAUGAUGAUGAAGAGGAGGGUGGACAGAGAACGAGAUUUGACGGUGAGGAAGACUUUGCCAUACCCAGCGACGAAGACGAGGACGAGGACGAGGACGAGGAUGCACCUAGAUGGAAAGCCAAUCUUGCAGAAAAGGCCGCUGAAGCGUUUUCGAAGACCCCUCGACGGCGCAACUGGAUAAAGCUGAUAUAUUCCAGUAGUUUAACUCCGGAAGAAGUAUUAUCAGAGAAUCCCAAUGCAUUGAUAAAAAAGAAGAUGGCAGAAGCGGAGAAGAAAAUGGAUCAGGACGAUGACGACGACUUUUUCAAACAGACAGCUCCUGAAGACAAAUCGAGAGGCAGAGAUGACAUGGAUAGGACAAAGGAAGUCAUUGACCCCGAAACUUUGCGUAAAUGGGAAGACGAGGAGAUGCUCGAGUCGUUACGGAACCUCUUCAUUACUGGUGACGCAACAGCCCCUCCUGAGGAGGGUGAAGGAGAACCGUACGAGGACGAUGAAGGAGGUUUCGAAGAUUUUGAAGCUUCCGGCAAAGAUCCCAUGGAACCAGCAUCCUUAGACCAUGAAGCGCAACGUGCUGCUGCUUUGGCUACCAAGAAGGAAGCACUCAAGCGAAAGUUCGAUGAACAGUACGACGACCCCGAAGGAUCCUCUAAACUAGACUUUUACGACGAAAAGAAAGAUGAGAUGGCUCGUCAGCUUCAGCUCAACCGCGAGGAAUUCGAGAACAUGGACGAGGACUCGAGAGCUCUCAUCGAAGGUUUCCGUCCUGGGGCAUACGUUCGAAUCGAACUCGUUGACGUCCCCUGUGAAAUGGUGGAGUACUUCGACCCAAACUAUCCGAUCAUCGUCGGAGGACUUUUACCAGCCGAAGAGAGGUUCGGUUACGUUCAGGUCAGGAUCAAACGGCAUCGUUGGUUCACGAAGACAUUGAAGACCAACGACCCUCUCAUCCUGUCGUUAGGUUGGCGGCGUUUUCAAACGGUCCCGAUAUACUCCCUCGAUGAUCAUUCCAUCCGAAUGCGAAUGCUCAAAUACACACCCGAGCACAUGCACUGUUACGCCACCUUUUACGGGCCCGUUUCCCUUCCCAAUACAGGUUUCUGCGCUUUUCAUUCGCUCGCUGGUGACGUCAACAAUUUUAGAGUCUCCGCCACGGGCGUCGUCCUUGACAUCGAUCGGUCGGUCAAGAUUGUCAAGAAGCUCAAAUUGACUGGUGUCCCCUUCAAAGUCUGGAAGAACACCGCGUUUGUCAAAGAUAUGUUCUCCUCAGCCCUGGAAGUGGCCAAGUUUGAGGGUGCAAAUAUCCGGACCGUGUCCGGUAUUAGAGGACAAGUGAAGAAAGCACUACCCAAGCCAGACGGAGCCUUCCGCGCCACCUUUGAGGAUAAAUUACUCCACAGCGAUAUAAUCUUCCUAAGAGCGUGGUACUCGAUCUCACCCCGCAAGUUUUAUAAUCCCGUUACCUCACUCCUACUCCCCGACAAAUCUCACUGGUCCGGUAUGCGUCUCACCGGGCAGGUUCGUAGGGACGAGGGUUUGAAGACGCCGCUCAACGUCAACUCGACGUACAAGAAGAUCGAACGGCCCCACAGGAAAUUCAAUCCACUAGUCGUGCCGAAAAAGAUCCAAGCUUCGUUACCUUACGCAUCGAAGCCUAAACUUAUGAAAGCACAGACGAAACAGACUUAUUUGCAAAAACGUGCGGUCGUGCUGGAACCAGAGGAGAAGAAGGCUAUUGCUCUAAUGCAACAGAUCCGCGCUGUGCGUAAGGACCAGCUGGAUCGUAGAAAGGAGAAAAAGGCAGAGAAACGUGCUCAACACCAGAAGGAGCUUGAGAAGGAGGCGGCUAAGAAGGGUGAGAAGGAGAAGGAGAAGAGGAAGGAAUAUAUGAGGGUCGCGGGACAGAAGGCUAAACGGCAGGAGGAUCUCGAGCAAGGGAGAUCUAGUAAACGGAGGAGGACGUGAAAAUCGAUUACACCACCCUAGACCCCCUUUUUCGAUCAGUCGACAGGGUCGAAA